CUUGACCUGGAUAUAAGAACGCCUGUAAACAAGGGUGGGAUGGCGUCGGUGCCAGCUUGAUAAUUACUAAUAUUUAGUUGGUGUUGGUGGUACUACUUGGGAUAUUAGUUAGCAGAACAACAAGCAAACCUUCUAUCACAAUGAACUAUCACAUUAAAAGUUAUGGGCUACACAGUGAAACACACAGCUCUCUAGAGGCUAAUGCAACAGAUUUACACCAUGAGACGGAAGACCAGUCCUCUGAGGACAGCGAUUCUGAAGUCGAAGUCAUCGAGGAGGAAUCAAGUGAUGUGGCCAAGGAAGAUGAUGAAAUGAGUGAAGGCCCUGAGGAGAGUGAGCCACAGACAAUUCCUGACAGUGAUACACAAACAUAUAAAGAAGAAAUGCCUGAUGCUGUGGAAUUUCUCAGUGUUGAAUGUGACAUGAUUUUGGAGCCUGACUGUCACUUGGAGACGAAUGGCACCCACCCAAGUUAUAAAAAUGGACAAGAAAAGGGUGAUAAGAAAAUGAUUCAAAAUCCAGCGAUGCCGAUAUUGUAUCAGAUUCCUUUCAUAUCUGAACUUUUUCGUUAUCGUGAUGUUGAUGUUUACAAACGUACUUGUAAAGAUGGACCAUUUGUUAAAAUUUUCAACCCAGAAAAGAAAAUAAGAAGAAACUAUGUUAAAAACAAACAUGAUAAUCAUAAUAAUCUGGUAGUUCCAGUUUAUGGUGAAAAAGGCAAAGACAAACUUUAUAGUUGUACAGAAAAUGAAAGAGUAUCAAUAAAAGAGAAGGACACAGAGGAUUUAAUGAAGGAUCAAAUGAACAAUAUGCCAAGUAAAUGUGAAGUUUGCCAUAUGCAAUUUAUGAAUAAGAACGCCUUGAUGAUUCAUAAAUUAACACACACAAUUGUGGUAGGAAAAUCAUACCCCUGUACAGUGUGCAAGGCUACAUUUAGAAGUAAAACAUUGCUCAGAAGCCAUAUACAGCGUCACUUUUGUCUGAAGAGUGUUCAGUGUCAGUUUUGUGAUAAGAAGUUUCAGAGUAACAAUCAGUUAAUUGUCCAUCAACGUAUUCACAUUGGGGAAAGGCCAUUUCAGUGCCAACAUUGUGAAAAAAAUUUCACUUAUAAAUUCCAAUUUGAUAGCCAUCAAAAAGUGCACGUCGGUAAAAGCCUAUUAAAGUGUGAAUAUUGUGAUGAUACAUUUACACAGAAACAGGCUCUUAUUGUACAUGAGAGAAAACAUACAGGUGAAAAGCCUUUCAAAUGCGAAAAGUGUGGUGCAGCAUUCCGAGUUCGGUCAUACUUACGGGCUCACAAAAAAUGCCACAUGGACAGAAAACCUAGAGAAUGUCCAGAUUGUGGUUCACAGUUCUGGAAGAGUUCGUCUCUCAAAAAACACAGAAAGGCUGAACAUGACUGAUAAAUGUUCCUCAUUGGUCCACAAAUGAGACUAAACACUAAAAUAUGCUUGGUUCUGGUAACUUAGGUAAUCACAUUUUACGUUUCCAAUUCUUAAAUUUAAUUACUCAUUUUUUUCUAAUUGUUACGUUGUAAAAUUUUAUCAAUUUGUAAAUGAUUAUUGGUAAAGAAUAAUAUGUAAGAAAAGGUUCUCGGUAUAGUAAUCACAACAUUCUGGAGCAUCUUACCAGACCCAUAUGUAUUUUCUUGUUUUGCUCAAUGCAUAUAUGUAAUAAGUAAAGGAAAUCCUAGUGACAGAAUAAUUAUAUCUUAAGUAUCAUACAGAAGUAUAUUUUAAUUAUUUAUGUGCAUUUUGUACAAUUAUUAUACAUGUAGAACUCUCCUCCUAAAUGUGUAUUUCACAUUGUACUGUGUAUGUCAUGUGAGUGGUGUUUCCAGUUUACAUCUAGAACAGUACAAUCAUUGUUUCUCAUUGCCAUAAGUGUCAUGCCAGAUAUCCCUGUGUUCAUUUUUACACUUGCCAUGUUAUGAAGUUAACAUAUUCAGUUUACAUGGAACAGUUACCCAUGUCCUCAUUCUUGUCUGUUUUAUUGUCUGUCUUCCUUCCCCCUCCUUUUCUCUCACACACACAAUAAAUUUUGUUCAAGUUCUUGUACUAUGGUAGAGAUAAAUAUUUUACAUAGAUAUUAAUUCAAAAUUAAAUGCUAUAUGUGAACUUUGUCAGAAAUCUUGUAUAGAAACACACAAGGAAACUUUUUCCAGUUUCCUUACAUGUUUCUUCAGGUGGGGGCUUCAGGUUUCUCCAUGAUGUGAUGGCAUACUGCAAGACUGGUCUCACAUAGACAGUGUAAAGUGCUCUAAAUGCCCCCUUACUUAGGUUCCUGAAUGAUGUUCUGACUUUUUGCUAGUGUAGAGUAUGCGCUGCUGAUGUUAUCCUAUUUUAUGCGUGCAUCUGGAUUUAGAUUUGGUGUUACAUCCACUCCUAGGGCUCUUCCUAGAGUCGUCACAGGUAGGCAUUUCCCUUCGUUGUGUACUGUUCCUUUGGUCUACAGUCACCUGUUCACAUUUCCAUCACUUUACACUUGCUUAUGUUGAACUACAGUAGCCAUUUCUUCAACCAUCUCUUCAAUUUAUUAAAAUCCUCUUGGAGGAUCCUACAAUCCUCAUGCAUCACAACUCGGUUCAUUAAUUUUCGUGUCAUCAACAAACAUUGACAUAUGAGACAACUCCUGUGGACCUGUAUUUACGUAUAUUAGAAUAGAAAUAGAAUUGGUCCCAGUACACACAGAAAUCACAAUAACGUGAUGCAUCAAAUGAACCACGGCCUUGUGGAUUUGUUCAAUUGGUCCCAACAUCGAUCCUUGAGGUACUCCAAGCGUCAUUGUUUGCCAGUCUGACAUCUUGCCCCCUGACUGUUACACUGGCUCCUGCCUGUUAGGUAAUUCCUUAUUCAUGUUAGGGCAUUUCUGCUUACUCCUGCCUGCCUCUCAAGUUUGUAUAGUUAUCUCCUGUAUGGUAUUGUACCAAAGGUUUUUUGGCAGUCCAGAAAUGUGCAAUCUGCCCAUCCUUCCCUGUUCUGCCUUAUUCUUGUUACUUUAUCAUGGAAUUCAUAAUGUUUGUUAGGCAUGAUUUCCCUUCCCUGAACCCAUGUUGGUGUGUUUACAUACCUAAUUCUCUUAGGUAUGUAACUAGUCUUAACCUGGUUAUUUUCAAGGUCUUUGCAGGGAAUGCUUGUCAGUGUUACUGGUCUGUAGUUAGGUGCAUCUUCUCUACCUCCUUUCCUGAAAAUUGGUAUCACAUUUGCCUUCUCCCAGCAACUGGACAACUCUCCCUACAUAGGUGAUUAAUUAAAGAUCCUAGCUAAAGGCACGCCGAGGGCCUGCGCUGCCUGUUUUAGUAUCCACCGUGAUACAUUGUCUGGUCCAACUGCUUUAGUUGCAUCCAAUGUUGUUUCAUUACCUCCUCUGCUGUCACCUUUAUAUUUGACAGUCUUUCAUAUAGGGUCAUCAACUCUUAACAAUGGGAGCUGCUUAGCCUUGGUUAUGAACAUUCCAUGGAAACUGGCAUUCAGUACCUCACAGAUUUCCUCGUCACCUCCCGUUUUCUGUAGUCUUGUCACUUGGUCGUUCACUGUCAU